AUGGCGUUAAGAAAUAUCACCAAAGAAAAUUUUGUGUUCGAUUUUGACAAUAUACUGCAGACAUUUAAUCCCGAGAAGAAAUGGAAUUUAUCAGAAGCGCAUCCUAGCAUGAAUAAUGACUUGCGUCUCUCUGCCAAACGACAAACACUAGCUAUCCGGUCAAGAAAAAUCAUCAAAGGGGAUCGAAGAUCUUUGGGUCUUCCGCAGAUCUGCGAGUCUCCAACUAACUCCACAGACAUGAUAGUAAGGCAAGAAUCUCCUUGGGACACUUACCGUCGCAUUGGUGUUCUUGAAAUUGGGGGACAAGUCAUUAUUGCGGUGGAUCUUUCUCGUUCUUCUCGAAUGAGGACAUUCCGUGAAUAUGCAAGGGCGGAUACCGAACAACUGCUACAUUAUUUUCGCAACUCCGACAAUCCGAAUAUUCUUUGCGCUCAAGAGUGUUAUCUUGAUCAAUCAUCGAUGUAUGCUCUUGUUGAUCAUCUCCCAUUGACAUUAAACGAUCUUGUUCGCUGUCGAAGUCUCUACCCUACUGAGGCAGAGCUAGCCUCAAUUAUAUCACAGCUCCUAAAUGGGCUUUGCUAUCUUAAAGCCAUCGGUUUAACUCACCGCUUUCUUACGUGUGGAGAAAUACUUCUCGGGUAUGAUGGAACUAUUAAAGUUGGUUGUCCGGAACUAUGCGAGGCAUGUGACCCUCGCCAAUCAGAUCUUACUUACUCCAAUCUAUUGCCAUCGAUUGUGAUGUGUCUGAUGCAGAAAUAUGAAAAGAAAAAUGGAACAAUAGGGGUCGAUGAUGUGGAACUUUGGCCGGUUGGCUCCAAUGCAUUUGAAUUCUUGUCUGCUGCAUCCUCGACUAUCUCGGUGGAUGAAUUAAAAAUCGUAUAG